GAAUGUAAAACGAUUCAACGUCCAUCACGUUUAAUUAAGGCUAUGAUUUCCAAUAAAGAUGUAUUUGAAAGUAUGGAAAAUAUAGAUGAGAAUGUUGACCUUGAGCAGGAAACAGAUCUUGUUUCUCAAAAUCAAGAGGAAAAUACCGCGG